UUAAUAAACUAAAAUAAUUCAAGAAUAAUAUUGUAUCAUUUUCUGAGUAGGCGUUCUACUCCAAUAGUGCAUGCGCAGUAACGUUUAGUAUUGAACCACGAAAGGAAUGCAAUUGCAAUGCCCUUUCCUUCAUUGUUGAAUGGUGAACAGAUUUUGGUGACGUUUCCACAUCGUCUGCAAUAGCGCAAGCGAUUUCAAAAUUUUGGUUGCAAUCACUGAGAGACCGAUAAUAGACAGGCAAACACACGGUAACGGAAGCGAGCUGAGACGCAUGCCAGGCAGCCCACGCAGGCCACGUUUUACGGUGCAAGACGCGCAGCACACGAUUUUUUGGCCAGCAUAUAAUCAGGCAGAACACAUACAUGCACAUCCCAAGAUGGACCAUAGUAUUUUAUGUAACAGCUCCUCAAUGGCUAAUACUGAUGUUAUGAAUUUCAUCCAAAGCUACAAAAGUUUGAAUCUGCUGUGGGAUACACUGGACAAGAAUUAUUCCAAUAAACUGUUGCGAAGGGAAGCUCUGAAUGAGCUGUCAAAGCAGUACAAUUUGACUAUUCCUGAGGUGAAGAAGAAGAUAAAAAGCCUGAGGUCGUACUUCUCAAAAGAAUACCAAAGAGCUAAGAAAACUGACAACUAUGUGUCGGCAUGGUUCGCCUAUGACGCAAUGUCAUUCAUAAAGGAUUCGGUAACCGAUGAGGAUGGUUCAGGAACCCAACAAAACAUGUCUUUCGCCAUUCAAAACUCAAAACCAGGCACGAGUAACAUCCUGAAGCGAAAGAAGCCGUUGGUGAGUGGCGGCGCAGUGGACGCGCAGACGUACGGAUGCAUAGGGCGAGUGGGGGACGUUGUGGCUUCGAAAGACGAGAGCAGCACGUUCGGCGACAUGGUCGCGUUCAAGCUGCGUCGUCUGUCGCCGCGCAACCGUGCGAUCGCGCAGAACCGCAUCGGCAAUCUGCUGUUUGAGCUGGAAAUGGAGGAGUUUCAGAUGUCUAGUGUGCAGUCGGCAUCGAACUCCAACUCCUAUUCGGAAGCCAUGACGCAGUCCGCGACCGUUGAGCAGACGGCGUCUAACGCCAACUCCUAUUCGGAAGCUAUGACGCAGUCGGCGACCGUUGGAUAUCCGCCGCAACAGGCCAACGACUCGGCGCAUCCCGACUCGCUUUUCGUCAACGACAUGUGCAAAGUGGAUAUGCGCUCAUGAGCCGCACUCCUACACUAAGAUCACCAUCUAGCUUUAGAGAAAAUUCUUUACAUUUAAAAUUUACACUUUAAACAUUUACUUGUGGAAUUUCUCCAUAUUAAGGUAGAAUAAGAACGAUAUUGCCAGUUUCACACAAUUUAUUUGAGCCAAACUCAAGUUUCAAAGGCACUAAGGCAUCAUCAUGGUUAGACUGAGGAAAUUGGAUAGGGAAAGGAAAUACAGAGAUCAACCAAAUCAAAUAGCUUUUUAUUCACAAAAACAUAAUACAAAUUUAUAAAAUUCAUUUACACAUUUAAAAAUGAAUACUCUCCACAUAGACUUGAGUCUGUGAGUGGAGAGUGAGAACCAGAAUUUCCUUUCUCUAUCCAAUUCCCUCAGUCUAACAAAAAAAAAAAACCACUGAAGAUGAUGCCUUAGUGCAUUGAAACUUGAGUUUGGCUCAAAUAAAUUAUGUGGAACUGACAAUAUCGUUUUUAUUUCAUCUUUACAUUUAUGCCAGUCAUGUGUCUAUGAUGAGGCUCACGUUAUAAUGGCAGUGAAGAAAGUCAGCUUUAAGAUGUUUUUUUAAUUUUUGCCAUUCAUGUGUCUAUGGUGAGGUUUACGUUAAAAUUGCAGUGGAGAAAGAUAGAACAGCGUUGAGGAUGUUCUGCAUCUUAUAAAAGAUGGCUGAUUUCAGUAUAUAUGAGGCUUGCUACUAACGGUAGGACCUGCAUAGAUAGAUAGAUAAAAUAUUUAUUCAACACAGCAUUUUCAUGCAUUUUUGUAUGAUGUAAAUGUCGUCAUACAUUGUUGUGUAAUUACAGAGAACGGCGUCGAGUAAAUUUGUUAGUUUUUUCGCUGCUCUAAUUGAGGUUAAAUUAUUUUCCUAUCAUUAUAAUCAGUAAUUUUCCAGUGAUUUAUUUACUGAUAUUGUUUGUUCAUUUUAUGUUAGAAGCCUCUCGCUGAUGACAAAACAUGCAUGAUGAACAUGAGUGUGUGUGCAUGGUAACAUAGCCACCUCUAAUACACCUGUAUUAGAGGUGGCUAUGAUGGUAAACAUGCAUUUCCUACCAUUAGUGCCCAGCCUGAUGUAAUAUUAACUGUUCUUUCUUGUUAAUAAUCAUCAGUUACAUUUUAUUCGUCCAGAAAAUAUAUUUUUUAAUGACACAUAGUUUUAAAUUUUCUUACUCUUUGGUACUCUUUUGAAAAGUACAACCACAAGCUUUUUAUCUUCUUCUUCUUCACCUCAGAAAUUGUAUCACUAAUUUCUAUAAUAUGUAAUGUAUAUAAUUAUUUAUUAACUUCAGUCCAUCAAUUUAUACUAUUUUUUAAUCCACUAUAACUUUUUAUUGUAGCUGAGAUGAAACACUGAAUUAUAUAGACUUUCCUUAAGGCUUUUUUUAGAAUAUUACAUUUAACAGAAAAAUUGGUUAUCCGAAAUGGCUCUACCCCUUUAUUUCGGUUAACCAGGGUUCUAUUGUAAUUUAGAUGAAACAUUUUUUCAUCUAAUAUCAAGAAUUGUUUUGGGUGUAUUCUGUAUAGCAUGUUCUUCUGUCACACUAAAAGCACAAAUGUAAGAGGCUAUUCCUCUCUUUAAAUAAUUAAUAUUACUUCACCAGUGCAAUAAUUUUUUCAACAGAUACCUUUUAAAAUGUAACAUGUUCAACUUAUAUAAACUUACUUGAUUAGUUAAGAUUUGAGUCUGUUGAAUAUUUAAAAAAUUUUAAGACUGAAUUUAUUGAGAAUGUUAUGAUUUAAUUUGUAUAUUUUUGUAUCAUAACUUUGUACAGGCAAUAAAACAAAUUAUUUUUUAUGAU